AUGCCUCAAACAAAGUCUCUGUCUCUCCUGGCAGCUCUGCUCUCCGCCACGCGUGUCGCAGCCCAUGGCCAUGUCACCAACGUCGUUGUCAACGGGGUUUCCUAUGCUGGCUUUGACAUUGGAAGUUACCCCUACAUGUCCGACCCUCCCAAGGUCGCCGCUUGGACCACCCCCAACACCGGCAACGGCUUCAUCGCCCCCAGCCAGUACAACUCCGCCGACAUCAUCUGCCACCAGAACGCCACCAACGCGCAGGCCUAUAUCGAAAUUGCGGCUGGCGAUCGCAUUCAACUUCAAUGGACUGCCUGGCCAGAGUCUCAUCAUGGACCCGUUAUUGAUAUGCUCGCGUCUUGCGGCGAGUCGUGUACCACUGUGGACAAAACCUCGCUCAAAUUCUUCAAAAUCGACGGAGUAGGGCUGGUGGAUAACUCGGCGGUGCCGGGCACCUGGGGCGAUGACCAGAUGAUCGCCAACAACAACAGCUGGAUGGUCGAGAUCCCUAAAUCCAUUGCGCCCGGCAACUACGUCCUCCGCCACGAGCUGAUCGCCCUGCACAGCGCUGGGCAGAAAGAUGGCGCACAGAACUACCCCCAGUGCUUCAACCUCAAGGUUACCGGAUCCGGCACCGACUCACCGGCUGGUACCCUGGGCACGGAGCUGUACACUGAAAGCGACCCCGGCGUCGUGGUGAACAUCUACUCCUCCAUCGCCUCGUACGUUGUCCCCGGUCCUGCCAUGUACUCCGGCGCCGUCUCCAUCACCCAAACCACCUCGGCCGUUACCUCUACCGGCACCGCAACCGUCGGCUCAGGCGCCGGCAGCACCCCCGCGGCCUCGUCUGCUGCGUCCUCCAAGUACUCGACCAUCGCCGUGCAGGUUCCCACCACCAAGGCCCAGUACACCCCUGUCCCCUCCAGCUCGCCUACAACCCUCAGGACGUCGCCUGCGCCCAGUACUCCCGUCCCCAGCAGCUCUGUCCCUGUUACUUCUAGCACGUCGGCUCCCCAGGGCCCUUCUGCUCCUGGCGGCACUCAGACUGCCUACGGCCAGUGCGGUGGACGGAACUGGACUGGUCCAACUGCUUGUGCUUCCGGCUCGACCUGCAAGAACUGGAACCCUUAUUACUCCCAGUGUGUGCCUAACUAG